GCUACUUGAAAUCUUAACUCGAACACAGAAAAAAAAAAAAAAGAAAAAAGAAAGGGAAAAGGAAACCUUUGCACACAACUCCACCCUCCCUCCUUUUCCUCUCUCACACGCACACAUAUGCGCGCACACAGAUACAGAAGGGGACACAGAGAAACUCACACAAGGAGAGCAGCCAUGCCUACACAUACAAAGAAGAGUCGCAAUUCUAAUGAGGAAGAUAUGGAGCUAAGGAAAGGUCCAUGGACACUUGAAGAAGACAGUACGCUCAUCCACCACAUUGCUUGUCAUGGGGAAGGUCGUUGGAAUCUGUUAGCUAAGUUAGCAGGACUUAAGAGGACUGGAAAAAGUUGUAGAUUGAGAUGGCUGAAUUAUUUAAAACCUGAUAUUAAGCGCGGGAACCUUACUCCACAAGAACAGCUCUUGAUUCUUGAACUCCAUUCCAAGUGGGGUAAUAGGUGGUCAAAGAUUGCACAACAUCUACCCGGAAGAACAGACAAUGAAAUCAAGAACUAUUGGAGAACAAGGGUGCAAAAACAGGCACGCCAACUUAAUAUUGAGUCUAAUAGCAAGAGGUUCCUUGAUGCAGUUAAAUGUUUCUGGAUGCCAAGAUUGAUACAGAAGAUGGAGCAAACUUCUUCCCCUACUUCUAAAUCUUCAUUGACGUCCAUGAAUUCCUGGAGUUCUUCGGCUCCUUUGUCACCCAAUCCGACAGCUGCUUCUCUUUCAUCAUCAUCUCCCCCGCCAAGAAAGCUGAUACACACUUCGAGUUAUCCCAAUGACAAUUCAUGUUCAUUUACAAGUCCAAUUAUUCAUACUCCAGAUCCCAUGAAAAUCUCAGAAAGCACUCGAGCCAAUGAACACCCGGCAGAAGAUACCUUGGAUGCCUUUGGCAACACGAUCUACAGCCAUCCAAAUUUAGCUAAUUCUUACUCUGUAGAAAGCAGAAGCUAUGACAUGGGGACUCUCAUGCUGGAACCCAUGUCAGCAAUGAUCACCUACGAGAACUCUCUGUUGGGUUGCCAUAUGGAAGGCGUUGAUUGGCUUUCUAACGACAUGGCAGAUUCUUUAUGGAACAUGAAUGAAAUGUAACAUUUUAAGGGUUUCAGUUGAGAGGAGCAUCUUAAUUGGGUGAUGUUUUGAUUAUGUGAGGCUUGAGCCACAUGUCAUCACAAUUUAGUUAAUAUAAUAGGAUUUGAUACCUGAUGUACUCAACUACUCCAAUAUUGAAGUUUGAAGAAUGUCUUAUGUAGCUCAAAAUCUAAAGCAAAUAUGAAUUUUAAUGGUGCAUGGUUAUGUAGUGAGUGAUUCCAUAAUGGGGUUUGUAGGAGUUGGACAAGAUUGUAUAUAGAUGAAGCAAAUGUAUCUUCUUUUCA